AUGGUAACAAGAAAAGUGGCACGGAAAAAUAGACGCAGUUCGAUCAGGUCACGAGGAAGUCAUGUACAAAACCCUUACUUACAAGCUACAGUAAAAUUAUUCCUCCACGUCUUGUACCGUAGAUUCAUCGGAACGUGGAACCAUGUGCGUAUUGCACAAGGUCGCUAUAAAUGGGCCCCAAUGUGGGCCCGACGAAAGAGGGCUCUCAAAAAGCCCAUAUUGAGCAAGGAAGGGUGGGAGGGCCCAUGUCCCCACAAGCAACAAUUUACAAGAGGGGAGAAGAAAGGGAGAGUACUACGUAACAAAUAA